CUGUUAAAAGACUUAUGCGAGAAGCAUUUGAACUGAAGGAUCCCACUGAAGAAUACUGCGCACACCCAGUAGAUGAUAACUUGUUUGAGUGGCACUUCACAGUUCAGGGACCUUCAGGAACUGAGUUUGAAGGUGGCUUGUAUCAUGGAAGGAUACUUCUUCCAACUGAAUAUCCUAUGAAACCUCCAAACAUCAUCCUGCUUACGCCUAACGGAAGGUUUGAGGUUCAAAAGAAGAUAUGCCUGAGUAUCUCAGGUCAUCACCCAGAGACUUGGCAACCAUCAUGGUCCAUACGGACAGCUUUGUUGGCUCUCAUAGCUUUCAUGCCUACACCUGCCAAUGGGACUAUAGGAGCCAUCGACUACACCCCUGAGGAACGCCAGAAACUUGCUCGCAAGUAA